ACGUGACAUAAGAAAUGUCAGAAUGGAGUUGAAAUGCGAUGGUAAAUUCAAUUGUUUAAUUUCGGUAAUAAUAUGUUUUCUUUUAUCGGUCACCUACGUGGGGAGUUUAUACAUAUGGAGAACGGCACAGAACAGAGACCACCCAGAUGUCGUGAAAAAAAGAUUCAUAAGUGUACUUAUAAUGUUUUUCAUAUCCCCAAUCUUUUUGUAUAUUGGAAUCAACAAAACUAUAUUAGAUCAGGUUCCUUUGAAUAUCCUAUUAGGACUGAGGACUAGUGGUUUACUGCAAGCAGUAUUCAUGCCAUGGUUCUUGACGAUGAUCCUCUUUUUAGGACCUCUCGCAAUGCAGACUUGUAAUGGAUAUCUAAAGAUAUACACAGAACCAAUGCAUUGGAUCUCCAACUUUAAAAACAUACUAUGGAUUAGAAAUUUUUUGGUUGCUCCUUUGUCCGAAGAAUUUACAUUUAGGUCAUGCAUGAUGCCAUUGCUAUUGCAGUGUUUUCCUCCAAUGACUGUUGUUUUUACAGCACCGCUGUUUUUUGGAACAGCUCAUUUUCAUCACCUUCAAGAAAGAAGAAAGAUGAAAUUCUCACUGAGAGAUGCUUUAAUGAUCUCUUGUUUUCAGUUCGCUUUCACUACGUUAUUUGGGGCCUAUUCUGCAUUUAUCUUCUUAAGAACAGGCCAUUUCGUCUCAAUCUUCGUAGUUCAUGCAUUUUGUAACCACAUGGGUUUCCCUAACUUCGAGGAAGUAGCAAACUAUAAGGGCCCUAAGAAAAUUAUUAUCAUUUCCUUAUUUUUCGUAGGUUUAAUCUCUUGGAGCUAUCUGUUAUACCCAUUGACGGAACCUUCUUGGUACCAUAACGAAUCUGUGUGGAAUAUAACUUCCAGUUGAUAUCGAUUUAGGACUUAAAAGAUUAGUCAAUUUAUCAUAAACUUACUGCCAAUUUAGAACAUUAUCAACUGUGUUAGUGAUCAAAAUCUUUACUUCCAAUAAAUGUUUUCAAUGACUAUUCCAUUUGAAUGAAAGAGAAAAAAUUUAAGAUGACUUGUGCAAUAAAGCUUAUGUUUUCGUGUUGAAUCACCUCAACUAAUUUUAGUUAUAUUUGUAACUAAGAAUUAUGGGUUUUUAUUUACAUCACGUCAUAAACAAUUCUGUGUGUGCUUCUUUAAUGUUUUUGAUAUUUAAUUUUUAGCUAUUCUCAGGAUUGUUAGAAUGCUUUAGUUUUUGUACACAAAACUAUUCAAAAUUCAACCAAUGAAUGUUCUCAUUUCUGGGACAAUAAAACACUUUAGAAUACUAUCCGAAUUUUCAGGAAAAUAUAUUGUAAACAACUUAUUUCUGUAACACCUGUUUUCAUUUUUUAGAUCUUUCUCCAACUUGGCUGUGAUUUUUCUAAAAACUAAUGAAUUAUCAUUGCUGUGUCAUCUAUCAUAUUUGUGAAAUAAUGAUAAGUAGAAAAUAAAGCUCAUUGUGUUGUUGUGAAAAUUUCUGUAUGAAGAAGUUGUUUAGAAUGAAUUGUUGCAUAUAUGAAAUUUUUCUAAUGUUCAAUGCUAUCUGGUUAGUGUAAUAAAUGAAUUUCGUAAGACUGAA